AUGGUGGUCGAAACAUUGGGAGACUGGGACGACGGUGAUGGCAUCAUUUCAGAAAUGGACGUUAUUGCAGAAAUAGACAGGAUUGUAGAGGACAUGCUGGCGGAUUAUCCAGGUGCCCGAUUUGAGAGUAGCACGGUGGGGAAUACUACAGGUCUAGGCCCAAGCCUAGACCCCCAGUGUGCUCUUGAUUCAGAGCGUAAUCCUUCAUUUCAAAUCAUCUCACCACAAGAGAAGGGGUGGUUUAUUGAAGCAAAAUAUCUGGUAUGGGCGUUUGACAUACUGAGUCAUGGUUGGUGGCACUUGGUUCCUUUCGAAGUGAAAAAGCCGAUAUCGGUUUUUGGACUAGCUCGAAUGGCUGUUGAGUGGGAUACAGCGAGGAAGGCUAACCCAGGUCUAAGAGCCAAUCUUGCGUUUGGAGCUCGUUGUUACAAGGUUCUGUUUGGCCGCAUAUGUGUUUGGGAUGAGGCAAUGUUUUGUGGAUGGAGGGAAUCGAAACGAUCAGAUAUUGGUUUCGGAAGUCUGUCUAUUGUAGAGCCGCCUGUUGAAAAUACCAAAGAGCCCAGCUACGCUAGUGCUGCACUGAUUGACGUGCUGGAAAGCUGGCCCGUGAGUCCAUUGCAUAGCACCAAGUUUACGGACAACAUGAACCGUUGGCGGAUUCGGUACAAGCAUAAGAUUAAUUGCGGGUCCCCAGAGGAGUAUGGCUACCCACCAUCCGCUGUGGCUGCAUUCAUCUCAUCUGGGGAGUUCGAAACGUUAGUCAUAAAGGCGUUUGGAGAUUUAGGAAUGCCUGUGGAACAAGUACCAAAGGAACUGCGUAGGUGUGUGCGAAAAGAACAAAUACGUGAGAGAGUCGCAGGGUUGACCGCAGCGGGAGUUAGUGAUCUGUCGUUAAUCGAAGCCAUGAUGAGCGACUCACCUCCAUCCCAUCUGAUGAGUAUUUCGGGAAAUAGGUUUCAGAUAGUCAAGGAGACAGAGACUGUACUGCAGAUUCCACCCCGUUAUCUGGUUUGGGCGUAUGACGUUCUGAACCACGGCUGGUGGGGUGCGGUACCGGAGACCAUCUUCUCACCCAUGCUAACCCUUUUCGGAUUGGCUCAGAGAGCUUGGGAGUGGGAAACAGGCGGUAGCAGAAUUUACACUUUGUCAGCGAGUUGCUACAACUGCGGAGAACGUGUUAGGCUCCAUUCUCCUAUACAAAACUGUGAGAGAUGCGAAGAGCCGUGGAGUCUGCAAAUAUUUUGGGAAUGGCUUCGUUCGAGACACUUCUCAACCAUUUACGAUCAGUUUCGGAACGUUAAUCUGUCGAGAGACUCUGGUGGCUUGUACACAGAUGUGUCUGAGAUGAUUGCUGCUGUCGGAUUUGCUGUUCCAUCCGGAAAUAAAGGACCAGCACUAGAACCCAGUGAACAGGAAAUGGAUUCGUUUGCCAGGAUGAACUGCCGCCCAUCACUAGCCGAAAGGUUCCGUCAGUGGUUGGCACGAACAAGAAAGCGGAAAUGCUCGGGCAAAGGAAUUGAUCGAUGGGACUAUGAACGCUUGAUCGUACAUAGAAUCAGCUCACAUCUAACCUUGGUUACCCCUAGUGUUGGGUGUAACUCGGCCACAGACAGCAGCAACGGCCACCGCCAGCAGCAGUGA